AUGUCACAGCGAGCGAACCCGCUCUCCCCCUCUAUCUCUAGCCGCGCCUCCUCCGCUCCUCAUCAUAUUUCUGGGGUCCCCGCUGCUUCUCCCGCUCGUGCUGCGUCCCGUUCUCUGGCUGCGCCUGCUCCUGCCGUGCCCCAUCAUGCCGCCCCCGGCAAGACGUCAGAGAAAAGGUGCCGCCACCACCCCAAUAAUCACUACCCCAGCAAGCGAGAGGGUGGUAGUGGCAAGGGCGGCCCUCGCAGCGUCAACCAUUACCAUAGCACGGUCACUAAUAACCACUAUCAUGGUUAUGCGCAUUAAGGUUUCCUACACCGGUCAAACCUUUCUUAGUCGUUUUGCCGUCCGUGACAAGUCCAAAUUCGUCAGUCGACAUGUUGUUUGAGGUUGGGAUUGCAAUCAGUGCAUGGUAAAGACGGGGGGGAUUGUUUCUCGAGGGAGGAAGAGUGACAACAACAAGAAGGUGACCAGCGGACCUGGCCCUGUGCAUUGUUGCAUGACUAAUCUAUGCACCCGAACAAUCCCCAAUGUGAUUAGACUAGCCUGGCCUGCUGUGAAGGACGUAUGUAGGUCAA